AUGCUGACCCAAAGACCGCUAACACCGCCGUAUACGGCUCCACGGGACCCGGAAUUGACUCAAUACAACCUUCCACAAAAGAAUGACACGCUCCUAGCAGAGCUCUCAGGACGCUGCAACACGUCUCUCCAAAACACUCUCUCGAAGACGACAUUCCAACGUCUGGCAGAAGAAGUGGUCUCGAAAAACAUUAGCUCUGGACCGACCAAGGACACCAGGGACCUAGAGCCUCGCAUACAUUUUACCGUCUCUCAGACCGCCCAAAAGCUCUCACAACAAGCCACUACCACCGUGAACGGAAUAUAUUUUGAGCUUACAAAACUCCUGCCACCACGACUACAGCCGUUUUUACUCAACUUUAUAGGGAAAGAGGCUAGUGAAGAGGACCGAUAUACUUUUAUAAUAAACGUGCUUCCAUGGAUAUUGAAGAAGUUACGGAAAUCCCCAUCACAAAAUGGAACACGAAAACGAGGGUUACCUAGAAGAAGUCAACGCAUUGCUAAAAAGCAACGGCAAAAGAAGGUCGGUGCUAAACGCGUGGAAAAAGCACCAGCUACCGCAACAAACAGAAUAAAAAAGAGACAGCAGAGAGGGAAAUAA